UGGACAUUGCAGAGGAACGUAGCUCGUAGCGUCACCAGCUUUUUUCCCCCCUCCUUGUUCCAAUGUUGUGAAAGGACUUUGUUUUGAAAAGGGUCUGCAAGCUUCGGUAAAGCAAAGCAAGGCACUUUUCGUGGUCCUUUUGAUUGGUGCUGGUCAGUAUAAGAUACUUUAUUGGUGUUUCAAAGAGGCGUCUUUGGCGAACAAAGUGAGCAAAGAUUAGACGAUCACGGAUCCUUUAAUGUCUCUCACCUGUUGAUGCAGGUGAAAUCGGACUAGUUUGUGGAUUUGCUACUAUGACUUUGGAUACGGAUUUAAUGGACGACCUGGUUAUCGACGUGGUGGGAGAAGAGAGCAAGGAUUUGGCAGAAGAGCUCCGCUCCACCUCACCUCCAGUCCUGUCCGAGGCUGAACUCAGCUCGGCUUCUCUUUCUGCCAGGCAUUAUGAAGGCGGUGGAAAGGACAUAGCGUCUUCCAGAUGCCUUCCAGCUCCGAGCAAAAGCGCCUCAGUAAAGCCACCGUAUUCCUACAUCGCCCUGAUCACGAUGGCUAUUCUGCAGAGCCCGAAAAAGCGGCUCACUCUCAGCGAGAUCUGCGACUUCAUCAGCCACCGCUUCGCUUACUAUCGCGAGAAGUUCCCCGCGUGGCAAAACUCCAUUCGACACAACCUGUCGCUCAAUGACUGUUUCGUGAAGAUGCCGCGGGAGCCGGGCAACCCGGGUAAGGGCAACUACUGGACCCUAGAUCCGAACUCGGCGGACAUGUUUGAGAAUGGCAGCUUCUUGCGGCGAAGGAAGCGUUUCAAGCGACAGCACUUCCGAUUCGGUAUGUUGAAGGAUCACACGUUAGAGCCUGCAACUUUCCCGAACCUGUCGUACGGCGCGUACGGCCUCGGUGCGUCCUGCGUGCCUUUACCAAGCAUGGACGUCUAUCCGUUUGGAUUCCGCCAUGCCAGUCAGGCGGCCAGUGUGCCAGGCGCUCCACCUGGUACCGUCCUUCCGGCGCUGUCCACCUUCUUUUCCCGUGGUGCAUUACAUACUAAAGCGUUCUCUCCGAGUCAUGCGCUUACAGUGGACUCAUUAAGCUCAGCUCCUCUUCCUUCCAGCUCCCCGUAUGCGCCCUCAGCUCUUUUCCAUCCCAUCACCUUUCCUCCGUUUCUCAGCCUGCAGUAUGAAUAUCAGAAACUACAAAGCCUUACAGGCAGCUCGGAGGCGCAUAAUAAACACUCGUACCUUGGCAGUGUUAUUGACUAGUAGCGGUGUGGCUUUGUAUUUUUUCUCAGGAAAUAACGUUAUUGGUUGUUGAUAUGCUUUCAGAGUGAGAGCUCAGAGGAUCUCUGAUUGCAAUUAAAGGACACUGAACUUUUGACAUUAUUCUCCACUGAUUUUUUUUCUGGGAUUUUUUUGUUGUUGUUGAAGAAAGACUCAUUUGUGCUAAAAAAUAUUUUCUUAUAUUCAUUUCAUACUACAUAAUUUGCGUUGAGUGAUUUGAAAAAUAUUUAACUGACGUAUUUCCUCUUGGUUGUUUGGAAAAAAAUA